AUGGUAUACGGCUCACGAGCAAUCCUUUCCUCCACGGAUGCCGCCUCGCCAUUGUCUGUCACACCACCGGAAACUGCACUGCUUCUGCUUGACUAUCAGAACAUUGUGGUGUCUCGUCUCGCGGAUGCGGCGCCUAUCGUCCUCAACACAGCUCGACAAAUGCGCGACUGGGCUCUGUCCAAGGGCAUGCUCGUUUACCACUGUGUAUUCGACGCGAGGCCGGGAAGCAGACCAUUCCCACGCAGCAAGAUGGCACUCAAUUGGCGCAUGAUCGAGGACAAGUUCGCUAGCCUGCCAGAGCUAGGUUAUGAAGCAGAUGUGCUUGCCCCGAUCGACCCCGGACAAGAGCGGAUGGUGGUUCGUCCGCCUGGGAUUGUCUCGGCGCUUGAGUCUGCGGGCCUGUUGGAGGAACUCGCACAGAGGGGUGUGAAGAGUUUGAUGCUCUGUGGAUUGACGACGAGUGGGUGUGUGCUCAGUACCGCGAGACAGGCGGCAGAUCGCGGCUUCAUUGUCACCGUUGUGGAGGACGCGUGCUUCGAUCCUGUACCCGGCCUGCAUGGGAUGUUGAGUGCCCAUGUCUUACCUGCGACUGCCCAUGUUGUGAUUUCAGCUGAGCUCAAGGACGCGUGGAAGGUAUUGUAG